UACAGGAUAGUUUACAAUGACCGAUUAACCUACUAACCAGUACAUCUUUGCAGUGUGGGAGGAAACCAGAGCACCUAGAGAAAACCCACGUAAUUCAUGUGAAGAAUGCACAAACUUCUUAUAUGUGGCACCUGAACUCCGGAACACACAAGCUGACAUGGCACCGGGUGCCCUAACUGCUAUUUUACCAUUGUGCUCUUCUAAUACAACAGAUCUCCAGACAGAAUAUCAUAGUACCAAUAAGCUUACUCUCUGAAAACUUGUGUAAUCAGGAUUCCCAAAGUGCACUAAGAGUUUCCAGUGGUUGACACUUAGGGUUUUUUUACACUACCAGUGUUACUUUCCUCUUCCUUUUUUCCCCUCUUUUCAUGCCUUGUGGCGCUUCGGGAAGCAUUUUUUUUUUGCCAUUCCCUAGCCCUUGUCUGUUUUUUACGAGCCCGAGUUGCUAGUUCGACACACAACCUAGCAUGGAUGGAAAGUAAGCAAGGAGUCAGCUAGACUUGAACCUGGGACCAUUCACCAGGACACCAGUGCUGUUGCCAUUACUUUAUUGUGCUGUCCCAAUAACCCUCAAAGAUUUUAACAUUUAAACAUUUCCUGAACAUUUUGAAUGGCAGUGAACAUUCCUACGAAUAUAUUUUUCAGGUGCUGACAAAUACCCAGUGUGUGUCCAAUACUUAAAACAUUCAUCUCUUGCAGUUAAACCAACUUGAUAUUCCAAUGCAGUAUUUUGACCUGAAAUGUUGACAAUUCCUUUGCCACUCCAGUUGCUUGACCCACUGAGCUUCUCCAGAAGAUUGUAUGUGGCUUAAAGUAAAACUUACAGCACUUUUAGGAGACACAAGAGACUGCUGAUGCCAGAAUCAAGAACAACAAUCUGCUGGAGGAACUAAGCAGGUGCAGGGUUUUGACCGAAGCAUUGACGUUUCCUUUCCUCUGACAGGUGCUUCUCAACCCGUUGAGUUCCUCCAGAGGAUUACUUGUUGGAUGCUUUUUAUACUGCUCAUCUCAUUCCACACUUCCUAUUUGUGAUUCUGGAUGUAAAUUGACAUUCCUGAUGUUGUGGAAGUUGUCAUCUUAGUUCUGUUUGAUGAUACAGCAACAGUCUGCCGGAGGAACUCAGAUGGUCAAGUGGCAUUUGUGUGUGUGUGUGUGUGGGGGGGGGGGAGGGAGAAUGUUGAACUCCUUUGUGUCUCUCUGUUUGAUGAUGCUGUUUCCAAACACUGUCUCAGCGACACGAUAGACUGCAGAUGUUGAAAUCUGACACAAAGGCACUGGAGGAACUCGGCAGGUCAGGCAGCAUCUGUCAAGAGGAUUGGGCAGUCUAUGUUUCGGGUUGAGACCCUUCAGUUAGUGCCUCAUGUAGAUACUUACAGUGGUGGAAAAGACUGUCAUUGUGGGUUAAGUCCGCUUCUUAUUCAUUUUACAAAUUCUCCACCAUCCAGACCAUGCCAUUUUCUCACAGCUUCCACAGCACUAAGUUCAACAACAUCUACUUCAAUCAUUUGGUUCUUGAAUCAUCUGGCACAACCUUCAGUAUAACAACACUACGAACAGUUUGCAAUAAAAUGGGCUCUGUUUUGUUCUAAUUGUGCUUUUUCUUGUAAAAAAUUGUGGUUUAUGUUUUCUUCUUGUGAAUACUGUGAUACUGCUGUAUGUAUUUCAUUGCACCUGUGCCUACGUGUACUUGUGCAGGCAACAAUAGACUCCAUUUCGACUUCAUUGACUUAGCGGUAUUUUUCGGCUCUGUUUUACACUUCUCAAAGAGGUGUGCGUGUGUGUGUGUGUGUGGAGGCUGGAGGGGGGAAGAAAUCCUCUUCAAACGCAAGCAAGGCAGCCACUCCGCCCCCGACGACACCGCCGCCUCCUCCCUGCUGAUCGGUUGCAGUUCAGGUCGCUGCCAGGAACGGCGCUGCUGAGCGCCCGGCGACUUCACAUCCGGGCACGGGCGCUCGGAUCUCCCAGGCAGAGACAGAAACAAUAUGGCGGAGGUGAGGCGGCGAAAGAGCUGGUUUUACCCCGAUGUGAUUUAAUGACGGCGGCCGCGUCCUUACCGGCUCCCCGAGCGGCCGGCUGUUGAGGUGUAGGUCGAGGUAGCGGAGCUUGAAACGCUGGGGUUGUUGGAUUUUGGAGCCGGCGGGGUGCAGAUUGCUUCAACUAUUUAUGGGAAUCUCUGACCAAGAUGACAGAAGGGCAUCUGCAGGGGAUCUGUUUGCACUGCCCCAGGCCUAGUUGUCGCUUACAACUAGUCCACCUUGAACAAUCAUUGCAGUGUGGCUGGAAAAUGGGCACCCUGUUGGGAGGUUGCUUAAUUAAGUGAAUUUAAAUUCCCCAGCUCCCGUGGUGGAGUUUGAGCUCGUAACUCCAGAUCUUUCAUUCAAGUCUCUGGCAUACUAAUUCGGCAACUCAAUCACUACUAAAGUGUGCACAGUCUUUUGAUACAUUAUGUGAUGAGGCCUCUGUUGGUAGACAGAGUCCUCGUGUGGUGUUGUAUCGAACACAGAAUCUAUGUUCUUUAGAAAACAGAGUUCAGUCUGGAGGAGCUGGCUCAAUGGGCUCAGCAGAUCACAGAUUCAAUUUGGCCGAUAUCCUGUCUCACAAUUACACUCCUCAGGAAGAAGAGGAGACGCCUGAGGCAGAUAAAUCGUUUGAAGAUCUGGAGAGGGAAAGUGAUGUGCCUCUUGAAGAACUUCUAGCACUUUAUGGCUAUGAAGCAUCUGAUCCAAUCUCUGAACAUGAAAGUGAGGGCAGCUCUCCCAGCGAGCUUGCUGAUAACUUGCCGGAUAUGACCCUGGACAAGGAACAAAUAGCUAAAGAUCUUCUUUCUGGAGAGGAGGAGGAUGAAACCCAAUCUUCAGCAGAUGAUUUGACUCCAUCAGUUACUUCCCACGAGGCAUCAGAUCUUUUCCCUCACCCUCUCAGAUCAAAUUCUAUUGAAGAUGAUAAGGAACUUUCAUUAACGGAUGAGGAUUCUGAAGAAGAUGAUUCCAUUUUGUCAAAUGACUGUAAAAAGGAAAUUAUGAUUGGUCCUCAAUAUCAAGCUCCAAUUCCACCUUUUAUAAACAAAUAUAGGCAGAAUGAAAAAGUUUAUGAUAAUGAAGACCAGUUGCUGUGGGAUCCCUAUGUUCUCCCAGAAAGAAGAGUCGAAGAGUUUCUGUACAAAGCAGUAAAGAGGUCGAGAGAAGAAAAAUUAACAGAGAACUUGCCUGAAGGAAUACUUGUAAAAGAUAGUGAACAGGCUUUGUAUGAGCUCGUGAAAUGCAAUUUUAAUGCUGAGGAAGCUCUCAGAAGACUAAGAUUUAAUGUCAAGGUGGUACAAGAUGAACUGUGUUCCUGGAGUGAAGAGGAAUGCAGAAAUUUUGAACAUGGACUUCGUGUCCAUGGGAAAAACUUCCAUCUGAUACAGGCAAAUAAGGUACGAACACGUUCUGUUGGUGAGUGUGUUGCAUAUUAUUAUAUGUGGAAGAAAUCUGAACGUUAUGACUAUUUCGCUCAGCAAACAAAAUUUGGAAAGAAGAAGUACAGCCUUCACCCAGGUGUCUUAGAUUAUAUGGAUCAGGACUUGGAUGGUAUGGAGGGUGAGAGUUGCAGCCACGCACCAAGCUCUCCACCCAUUUCCUCUACUACCAGCAGACUGGAUUCUGAGCAGGAGUCUAUUGUACUUCAUAACUCAGAACCGCAAGAUGUUGAACUUGACACGAGUGCUAACAGUCAGAUGUUUGAGUACCUCAGUCCUGCAGUGAACCGACCCGAAAUGAAUUGUUCACCGGAUCCUAUCUGUGACCAAGCAAGAGUUGCACCCACACACGACUGUGAUGCUGUUCCUUUAGGGCAAGCUGAACCUGGAUUUUUCCAGCUGGAACUAGAUCAAGUCAUUCUGGACAGACCAGCAUUGGAGAUGUCCACAAAAAAAUUGAAGAUGGAUUUCUCAUUGCCUACGUCAUUUAAUGAUGGGCUGCCUGACAAUCCCAGCAAUGUGGAUUUUGAAAAUCACGCUUCACAUAUUGCUCAAGCAAAAAUGUCUGUUGCCGUGACGAAUUUUGGAAGUAUUGAUGUUGGAGAUGUGAACAGUUUGCUCAGUGCUCAUACAUUGCACCACUCUGCAACUAUUCAGUCGGAAUCUUUAUCUCAGUGAGAGCUAGAAGUCUUUGCAGAUUAUUUUAUUUAUAUUUUACUUUAAAAGUUACUGGAAAACUAUUUUUUGGCAUGACAUCAGUGAUGUCUUAUAUUUAUUUACAGUACAUAUUUGUUUCUCAAGAGGAUGGAACCAUUUACUUUUGGGCCCAGGUACAUGAAUGGGAUCUAACCUUUUGGAUGUCACAUGGAGGAGACUUCCCCCACAUUUUUACAGAACAAAACCUUUUUCAUCUGUUAAGUUUUUGUAUUCAUCUUGUCAGUGAAAUUGGAUUCAUAAUGUUAUCACCAACAAAUCUCAUUCAUGGCAGUUAUUCUGGUCAUAAACAUUUUUAUUAUUGUGCAUGGUGUUUAAAGUCUAACUUUAGUCAUUUCCUACAUCUCAAGAAAUUAAUCAGUGUUCUUUUUAGAUAAAGAUGUGUGCAUUUUGUGUGUGACUGAUUUCUAGUAGUACAUUAUUUAACCAAACCAUCUGGUAAAGGACAUAAAUAGCUGUUCCUUUGGUUUGGGCAAAUGUGAGCUGAUUGAUUGGAGGAAACCCCAUUCCAUAUCAAUUGUUUAACUAUCUCCCUUUUGAUCUAACUCUGUCAGAUGAGCCAAUCUUGAAUAUUUCUAGGCUGAUGCAGAACAGUGAUCUGGGUGUCUGAGAGGGCACCUAAUAUUCUGGUCAUUCACUACAACCAGAAUAGUACUAGGGAUUGAUUAAGGUGGAUCCCAGGGAUUCCUUAUACCAAACUGUGAGCCAAUUGCUGUGUGGACCUUAUGUCACUAGGUGAUGGUUUGUGGUAAUACUUUGCUGUACAUCUAGUGUGAAUAAAGGGUAUUGCAUGGACCAGAUAUAAUUUGUUCUUUCAUGAAGUGAGGGCUGUAGAAAUCUGCUCUUUCCUUAAAGUUUGCAGGUGAGAUGAGCAACUGCCCCACCCCACCCUAUCCUCAACCCAUCAAAUAAAAGUGCAAUUCCUGUUGGAUAGCUGCUAAGUCUCUUAAAAAACAACCAGUGUAUUUUCCUUGAUUUUAAUGCUAUGGUCCAAUUGGAAUGCAAUCACUGGUUAUCUCCACCUUGCUGCUGGCCUGUAAACUGGCCAUUAAGUUAAGCAUUUAGAACUGCCUUUACUUUAGAAGUGAUUUUAGUUGGAAGCACAUCUUGAUUUUGCAUAUCUGAAAGACAAGCUGUCAGUACAUUGCAUUUAUCCACAUUGGGAAAUGAUGAUGAUCAAUCUGGCAUGCAUUGUUUUUGAAAACCUCCUCCAAAAAUUAUAGUCAAAAGAUAUUUUAAAUUGUAAAACUGCAAUGUCCUUUGUAAAACACAUAGUGAGGAGAACUUUGUAUGCUGCCAUUGAGUUGCACCUUAAUUGAGACAGUGCAACAUUGAGUAGACAGGUGUUGCAGUAAUCAUCUUUUUGCAUAUUUUAUAAAGCAACACUUAACAGUCUUGCACUGAAAAGGUCUAUGCACUCAAACAUUAACUUUCUCAUACAUUGUUACACUGCAAUAAAAAGCAAUCGCCAUGUGUUAGGGAAACUGGUUUGGUAACUGUCUCUAUUGAACUAAUAAAGACUAAAGCACAAAUUCUAUACAUUUGAAGCCAUUUGUGCUGUAUUUUUAUUUAUAAAUGGCACUGAAAAUCUUAGUGGUCAUCAGAUCAUUUUACCCUCCUUUCCCCAUACUACGGCAGAUGUUGUGCAAUUUCUAAAUUGUUCUGAAUUCAUCCUAAAGCCCUACUUGAUGUGAAAGGACCUCUUCAGUGUUAAUAUGACAUUGCUUGCUGUUCAGUAUUUUUAGAUUAUAAAAGUUACAUUGGCAGACAAAUAUCAAUUACUUGUAGUUAAUAACCCCAUUCAACAGUCAAGUUGAGAAGAGCGCAAUUUUCAACUCUAUUGAUGUUUACUUUAGAUAUCUUACUCAAAAGUUUUCCCUUUUUCUGUAGCUUUUCUUAAAAUAUAUGCUUUACAAUACUUUUUCAUUAAGGUGUUAAAUUUGAUUAUUUUGUUUGAAUGAAUAGUCUAGUAUUUUUUUAUUGUCAACUGACUUCCUGGUGACUUUAGUGAUGAUUCUUUGGAGCUUUGUGUGAAAAGUGCCUCUUAAGUUUGCACAUAUUAAUCUAUGUUUUUUUUGUAUUGAUGUCAUCUUGGCUCAGUGAGCUAUGAGCUCUGGAACAGCAUUCAAGUAACUAUGAGAGAAUUGUUGGAUAUUGAGGGCAUACUACUUUGCUUGAAGUGUUGUCUUUCGGGUGAAACGUUAAAACAAGUUUCCAUUGGUCCUCUUAUAUGUGAACGGUUUCUUAAAACUAUUCCAAGAAUAGGUGAGUUUCCUAGUGUCCCUGCCAUUAUUUAACCAUCUGCCAGUAUCUUUAACAGAAAUUGUUAUGUCAUCACUGGCUGGCAAAAUGAUACAGGUAGAUAAACUGGUUAGAUCUAGCUUUACAAGAACAUUCUGAAAUAUUUAUAUUUCCCCAAGCAAAUACGAAGGUGGUAUUUGCAUUUGCAUGAAAUGCCAAGUAUUUAAAUUUUAUAUUGUAACUUAAAUCUAGAAGGUGACAGUUGGUUAUUUGUAAAGCAAUUUUCAGUUGAAUUGCUACCCUCUUCAGAACACAAUCCAGUUAGUUAAAAUUCAGAUUUUGAAAUACAACAUCCUGUAAAUUGCUAUCUGACAGUAGCUUUUCAAUGUUAAUUCCUUACAAAAAUAAUUUACUAAUUUAUAUCCUUGCCUAAUACUGAGAGGGGCUUAGUGUAUAGAAUUUUAUCAUGUCUAUGCCAAAGUACUUUGCAAAACUUUUCCUACAAUAAUAUUACUUUUAUUAAUUCUGUUCCUUGCAGGUAAUGCACAAUACAUGCAGCAUAGUUAUUCCUCUCUGUAAAUUAUGCAUUAUGCCUUUUAUGGCUCUGGCACAAUAUUUCAAAAAAUAGUCCGAUAAGGUUGAAUCAAGAAGGAAGAAUUUUUUUCAGUUUCUCAAUGUGGAGAAAUUAAUAUUAGCUAUUUAGUAUGAAUGAAUUACCAAAUGGAUCUUUAAAAACUUUGCAUUCCCCUAGUAAUGUUAAAUAUCAUGUCUAUUGGAAUAAGGUUCUUGACUUCUUGGAGCAAAGUCAACUAACCGAAGUUCUGCAUCUACAUUAGGAAAAUCUGUAAUAGGAUCCUCUGUAGUGAAAAAAACUCACCCAAUGAUUAGAAAUAGUAUCUGAAGCAGUUAGAAUCCUAAAUUUUCUCACAGCUUUAUAUGUUAUAUUUGGCCACUAUAUUGGGAAAUGUAUUUUAACUGGAAUGAAUGAAUGAAUGAAUGCUAAAAGAGAUUAUUAGUGUUGUUAGAGAAUCAUUUAAUUCCCACUGCCUGACAUUUUGGAGUGGUAUGGAGAGGAGUACUCUAGCGAUAAAUGUAUUUGCAGCUGUGUGGCACUGGAAAUCAAGGUUAAAUGUCUUCAAAAUUGUGCUGAGGUGUUGUACAAGUCUCAAGCAACAGUUGAAAAUGUCAACUUCAAAUUUUUCCAAUGAGUUCAAAUUUGCACUGUUUCUACAUAAAUGAGAAUGACCUCUGUUAAAAUGACAUGAAAUUGAAACUGAGGAAAAACAAAUAUUGUGAACAGUUGAGCAAUUUUACAUUUUAGCAUUUGUCCAAAUCUUCCACUUUCUAGGAAACAGAAUUUUUAGAUGAGCCUAAAAAUUGGUAGGCAGCAUAUGUUUAAUGUCUAAACUGAGGAUCUAUUUGCUACCAAUGUGCAUCAUCAACUGUCAAAUUAAAAAAUAAAGCUUUCCUACAGCCUGAUUUUUAAAUAUCUUUCACCAUUGCUAUUAUUGGAUUAAUGCCCUCCUUAAUAAACUUAAACUUAUCAACUGAUCUGAUCUCUCAUAUUUUUGUGAAGCAAAAGCUAUCAUUAAGUUAGAACAACUGAGUUCCUUGUGUACUUCAGUAACAGACCAUUUGUAAAAGUACACUGAUAAACUCUUCGGGAUAAAUUUACUUUCACAAAUUUUGCAUUUUUCCUGCUUUUUGUUGUAGUUGAAAUGUGGAAUUUCAUUUUAAAAAAACCCACUGAAACAGACUUUCUUUUGGUGCUUUUCCUAUGAAUGUAAUGUUUCUUGCUGUCAGAGAUUGGUGCAUUUCAUCAUGCAGAAAGGACAACUGGCUUUCAAAACUGUUCAGUCUUUAGUUUCAUUUUUAGAGCUACCGGAUGGACAGGCAUGAUUUUUAUACUCUUGAGUUUGCUUUAUGAUUAGAUUAGUGUGAAGCAUUGUUCCAAUUGUGUUACCUUCUUUACUGUUUGUGUUCAUAGACUUGCUUUCAAGUUGUUGAAAUUAUAUGGCUCCAAAGACAAUGAUCACAUUAAACAUUCCUCAACUCAG